AUGUUGGAGGUGGAGCCUUCGGACACUAUUGAGAAUGUGAAGGCUAAAAUUCAAGACAAGGAAGGCAUUCCUCCAGACCAGCAGAGUCUUAUCUUUGCUGGCAAACAGCUAGAAGAUGGUCGCACUCUUUCUGACUACAAUAUCCAAAAAGAAUCAACACUUCACUUAGUGUUACGUCUCAGAGGUGGAAUGCAGAUCUUUGUCAAGACCUUGACAGGUAAGACCAUCACUUUGGAAGUUGAGCCUUCUGACACAAUUGAGAAUGUGAAGGCCAAAAUCCAGGACAAGGAAGGCAUUCCUCCAGACCAGCAGAGGUUGAUCUUUGCUGGUAAACAGCUUGAAGAUGGACGCACACUAUCUGACUACAACAUUCAGAAGGAAUCAACUCUUCAUUUAGUAUUACGUCUCAGAGGUGGAAUGCAGAUCUUUGUGAAGACCUUGACGGGAAAGACCAUAACUUUGGAAGUUGAGCCUUCGGACACAAUUGAGAAUGUGAAGGCCAAAAUGCAGGACAAGGAAGGCAUUCCUCCAGACCAGCAGAGGUUGAUUUUUGCUGGCAAACAGCUUGAAGAUGGACGCACACUGUCUGACUACAACAUUCAAAAAGAAUCAACACUUCACUUGGUGCUCCGUUUAAGAGGUGGCAUGCAGAUCUUUGUCAAAACCUUGACAGGUAAGACCAUCACAUUAGAGGUGGAGCCUUCGGACACAAUUGAGAAUGUGAAGGCGAAAAUACAGGACAAGGAAGGCAUCCCUCCAGACCAACAAAGAUUGAUCUUUGCUGGCAAACAACUAGAAGAUGGACGCACCCUCUCAGAUUACAAUAUCCAAAAAGAAUCUACCCUUCAUUUAGUAUUACGUCUCAGAGGUGGAAUGCAGAUCUUUGUGAAGACCUUGACAGGAAAGACCAUCACUUUGGAAGUUGAGCCUUCUGACACAGUUGACAAUGUAAAGGCAAAAAUUCAAGAUAAAGAAGGCAUUCCUCCAGACCAACAGCGUCUUAUCUUUGCUGGCAAACAACUAGAAGAUGGGCGCACUCUUUCAGACUACAAUAUUCAGAAAGAGUCCACACUCCACCUCGUGCUUCGACUUCGUGGAGGCAUGUAA